CACGUCGCACACAAAAUACAUAUCAAAGUUUGUAGUGAAGUACAGUACAUGUACAUGUACAUGUAAAUGGUACUAAAGUACAAGUGUGGUUGGUAUCCCGAAAUCGAAAUCACCGGCAAAAGAGAUUACGCGUUAGGUGCGACUGAAGUGAAGAUGAUGCAGUUUGCAGAGGUUGCAAGUCUGAAGUUGUUUUGCUUGCAACAAAUCUCUGAGUUGGUGGCAAGGAAUCACAUUCACCUUUGUAGUCUGGAAGCAUUCCCCUCUCGUCUCCUGAGAGACCUUGCACCUGUGCUGAGCAUAGAUGACUUGGCGAGACUACAUCGGAUUCUCUGUGGGAAAGGUAUUGAUGUGCAACAAUACUGGUUGAAGUUUUAUCGUCAGGCUUUCCAGGAAGAUAGAUUGGCGAGACAGUGUUCUUGCCAUGACCUCAGUUUGGCCAAUGUGGACUGGAGACAGAGGUUUCUUGACAAGAGGUGUGAGCAAGAGCUCCAGAAGUUGGGUCCCUCACCAAGUGAGGGAAUAGAAGAGCAAGACACAUUGAGUUUGAAGAUUCUGGACAUUUUAGGGAAUCCACUCUCCACUCAUGGACCGCUGGAUGAUUUCUUUCCAUCUUUGCUGGUUCUUCACAGUGAUCUUCUUCCCUAUGUUCAGAGGAAUGAGGAGAUAAUGAAGAUUCUACAGAAGAGUUUGAGAGAGCUGGUGCUGACUGACUACCUACCCAAGUAUGAGAGCAUCUUGCAGCAGUUCCUGGAGUUUCUGAUUCAUCAGGGUGUCUUGAGAAAGUUCACUCUGAAGCAUCCCUUGUGUGAGGCGGCCGCCGAGUUGUUCAAGAUCUUCAAGGUGUGUUCUGGAGUGCUGGGUGAGAUUGUGGAAAGUGGUGGCGGGCAUGUUGCAGUGCCGUGCUGCAGGGAAGAAUGCUGCGACCCACUGAGCUCUCACUCGGAAUCGAUAAGCACCGAGGAGGCUCCUUGUGUCAUGCCACAGCUCUGCCAGAUACCUCAAGGGGAGGCUGUAGGUUCUCAGGAGGACCCAUGCAGUACCAGAGCCCAGUCAAAUACAGUCAAUCUGGACAUCAGUUGUCCCCAUGCAUCAUCUCAUCAAGAGACCAACGCUGUAAAAUCUGUUCCAAGACCAGUUUAUGACAGGCUGUGUUGUUGCUGCUGUGGAUUAUUCACUGGCGCACUUACCCCAGAAUCUGACCUGGAUGGCCAAAGUGCUCAAGACGCCUCUCUGUUUUCCCACAUUGACCCUCACAGUCAUCGGUGCCAUAGGACUGCCGACCACUGCAUACAGCAUCUGGUCUUUUAUGAUUGUUUCUUCAAAAACCAGUCAGAUCACACCCAGAUGCUGGAGACUCUGUUUAGCAUAUGGCCAGGCCUGAGAGAACUUGAAUUUGUGAACGCUUCAAAGACUGGAGGAACGUGGGAGAAUACUUGUAUCAAGGUUCUUUCAAGACUGAUUAAGGGCCAGAGACCCACUCCUUCAUUGCAGAGGCUGCGCAUUCAGGGGAGCUUUUUUGAUGAAUUUAGCUUUGUAUGCUGGCUGAGUGAUCUGUUAAUAAGAUCAGAGUUCAAGACACUAGAGCUGGAGAGCACUAAUUUUCGAUUCCUUCUCAGAGACACAGACAGCGGGAGAUUCCUUCAGUUUGGCCGGAGGCGUCUGCCAAAAGAUGUUUUCGCUCACAUGAAUGUGGUUGAUAUAAAGUACCACCAGUUGGUUUCCCCUCACUACCUGGAGUGCGCCCUCUUGCAGCCAGAUUGUACCAUCACCGUGCUAAACCUGGAGUACUGCCAGCUGAGGACACCAAAAGUGGACAGCCUUUUCAUCCAUGCAAAAGAAAGCAAAUGUCUUCGUGAAUUGAGUGUGGUGCGUAAUGGAUAUUGCCCUCACAUGAGUCAUUACACUCCAGCUGGUUAUUCUGGCCUGGCCCAACUCAUGCAAAGUGGCCAUCUCACCAAAUUGAAUUUGGGUGGAUGUGGUUUUGCAUUGACAGGUUGGGCCCAUGCCACAGAUUUCGUGGAAGCCUUGCGCCUUAACUGUUCCCUUCAUCAGCUUCUUCUGGCAGCCAAUCAUUUGACUGAUGAGUGUCUACAUCUGCUUGCCACUGCCUUUGUGAAUUCCUUGCCAGAAAUCAACAGUCAAGCCUCCAACCUGUGCCUAGACAUCAGCUUCAACAGUGAAAUUACCCAUGACGGGAUGGACGAGUUCAGCCAAGCAUUCCUAGCUAGCACCAAGCAAGGCCGCCGAAGCAGCCAUCUCUGCCACCUGACAUUGACGAAGGAAGAAGGGGAGAACAACCCUGGUGUGCACUGGGAGCUGGCCGAGUUGAUGAAAUUGACCGUCAAUCACGAGGCGUCCCUCGAUUGGCCCCUUGCUUCUGACCGCGGACACAUCUCGGAUUAUAGAGGCUGGAUGAUGAAGCAUCAGUCACAGAUUUCUGGUUCACAGCUUUGAAGGUUUUUUGGGCCAAUUUCUGGCCACCACUAAGUGACACUAAUAGGAGAAGCAACUCGUAUCAAUGGGAGCCAUGUCUACUGUUUUUAACCCUCCUUUAGUUUUGCAGCGCAAAUGUGCACAAAUGCCCACAGUCACUGGCACCUCUCAGUCUCCUCAGUCUGGUUGUCAGAGGUCGUAGGUUGCCACAGAGUUGUCUUGACCUGGCACCCUCCAGACCUGAAUGGUCUAUGCCAGAGCAUUGGCAGGGCUGGAAGUCGUCAGUACUAAUAGUUACGAGAUCUUUGAUGAUGGACGUCAGAAACAACUUCUUACAAAUGCCCCAUCUUACAAAGGCCAUGCUACCCCUGUCAUCACUGUGAGGUUUAUGAGGACCCUGGCAUCCUCUCAUCAUUGUGGUCAGACUCCCUGAGGAUGGUCGGCCGCGGUGAAGGCAUGUCAGAUGGAUCCGCUGUUUUCGGCAAGGAGUUGCAAGAAUGACUGUUCAUUGCAGUGUACAACUUCAACCUCAUUUGACAGUCCCUGAAUCAUUAUCUAAUCAACAAGCUAGCCUCGGAAGAAGGAGAAAUAAUCCUGGUCUAUGGCACCAUCAUCAGGCCAGAUGGAUGGACAGGAGAAAGGUGCAAAACAAGAGGGGUUCAUUGGUCCCGUCCAACUUCAUUGAAGAGAUUUCAAUGUCUGAAUUACAUUGUGGUAACAAGAAAUCACAAAGGGAUGGAACGGUGACACACAUGGCCACGGACACUGACCGUAAUGAGGAACAACAGAGCGUUCCCGAACCCCGGCCACUAAACCGCCAAAGAAAAGCAGGGAGGAACACAAGCGACAUGGCUCCUCAAAAGUGUUCAAAGUCUAGUGCCGGUUACAAAUCAAAUUCAGAAAUUGUAGAACUUAGUUUUUGAUUUCCUUGCCCUUUUCAUUUAUCACCAGAAUGCAUGAUUCUUGAAAAGAAGUAUGUUGCAGUUGCAAGCUUGAAGUUUGAAGAGCAGUACUGUUUUAAUGAAGAAAGUGCCUUCAGGUUCAGAGUAAAGAUGUUGUGCGCAGUGUAGAACACAAAAAAGCUGUUUGAAUUGUUCUGAUAGUUUCAGUGUUUUUUGUUCAAAUUAAGACAAACUUGCCUUAGCUGUUCAUUGAAUGUUACCUGAAUGGGGCCUUACAGCUCCAAAUGAGAAUCGCUGGGGGGAAGUAUUUUGAGAGUCAAAAUAUUUAUUGUGGUUUUUAUUUCCAAAUUUGUUUUGUAUGAUUGGUUGCAACAUGGAUCUCUCUCCCUUGGUAAACAUGUCUCAGUUACAGGAGAAUUGGGAUAACCAGUGCUGCGUUUAUGUUGCACUGUUUCAUCACAGUUCAGUCAAUUUCUUUGUUCAUUUUUUAUAACUGCAUAUACUAUCGGGGCACCUAGUCAGCCCCCCCCGCAUUGGUUUAUUCAAGGGUUUUCCUCUGGUUGUAGAAUGUAAAGGUGGCUGCCAUGCAGAACCUCUAAAGUUGUAAGUCACCGUCUACCCCCAUCUCACCCGACCUCACCUUAUCCUGCCCUACCCACACCCCACACUAGAGAACUAACCUCAGAGGAUCAUGUGACCAUGGACAAUAGCUGCCAUUAGGCUUCAGAAGUUUCAUUGGUCAGUAGCUCGUAUGUUCUUGUCUGAUUGGCUGAGAUGAUUUAAAGAAAAGAUGUGUGUUGCUGAAUAUCUCUGUCUGUUUGCUAUUUGAAAUUAUUGUGAUUGGCUCAUUCUUGUGCAAAUGUUUUUCACAGCAGAAGGCUGCUUCAGUGCAGUGACAGUGGCUUCUGUGACUUAUUUGAGUAAGAAGGUAGUGAUCAGUCCAGUCAUCAUGAAUUACUCUUGGCUACAGGGGUUGCUUUCAGGAAAAACGUGAAUAGAUACAAAGUUUAAAAGGGAUAUGGCCCACUGUAUUCAGACCAGUGAAUAGGAACAAGUCCUUUUAUUUAAAAUCCCAGUUGGGAUUUUUGAUAUUUAAUUCCCAAUUUGAUAUUCAAGGUGGCAGAUUAACUUGAAAGCCAAUUUCCAGCAGGAUCUGUCCAUUAUUCAAGAAAUAUAUUUAUCAGAAAACCUGAAAAGUUUUUUUUGUCACAAUGAAUACAUGUACAUGCACUAGAUACCCUCCUGAAAUAUAAAAUGGGAAAACUGCAAAAUCCUGUUCGUAUUAAAAUUGUAUAGCUUGGUCUGUCGUGUAGAUAUGUGUGCAUCUCGUGUGUGAAUUAAAUGAGUUUAGUCAGUUUGUGAUAAUCUUUUGUUCUCAAUGAUGCAAUAUAAAUUGUGUGUGUUUCACUCGUAUAAAUGUUGUUUGCCAAUGGCAAAGAUUCAUUGCAUGUACAAAAUGUUCAGUGUGAAAGAAAAUAUGGAGAGGCUCAACAAAUUACAUUUUCUUGAUAAUUUAAGUUUAGGUAGUGUGUAUAUACUGCGGUAGCUAGGGAAGUGUAAAAUUUUAAAAAGUAGUUUCUUCUCUGUAUGCAAAGUACAGCUCUAUGCUGAGUAGUAAUGUAUGCCUCAAAUUGGAUUCGUCAGCUUAGAAUAUAUUCUGAGUUGCUUUCCGCCCUAAUGACUAAGUGCAAAAUGUUUCAGUUGUUUGCAUUAAGUAUAUAUGCACUCAGGUGAUAUUUCCAGUAAAUGCAAAUCGUGGAGAUGGAAGUUUGUCUUUAAGGUUUUUAAGGGCACAAUUGAGUUGUCAUUAUUUAGGCAUAAUCUGUCAGAUGACGGGCAAAUUGAAGCACCUGUUGACGUAUACUUCAUCUUUCCCUCUUAAACUCAUAUAAUGCAGAUGUUCUUUAUUUUAAAUAACCAUCAAAAUAAUUGUAAAUAAAUCCUUUGUAAAUUCUGCUAUGCACUUAGGAUGGAUUGACGGAUGCCUGGGGACGCCUGUUUUUGUAAAAUCUUUUUGCUUAUUUAUUGGAUAAUAAAAUUGAGGCACAUAUAUAGUUUA